CAUAAGUUUGGCUGGUGCUCGUGUUGCGACUUCGCUGGAGCUAUUUGUUGAAAGUGUGCAUCUCUUGUUGAAGGUUUGAGUAAAAGAGAGGGGCGUUGCACUAAAGCUUAAGUCAACAGUUUCAGUUUCAGUCCGAUAGUAAGGAGUGCCAUGUCGAACGGAGGCGAUAUUUUCAACAAUGAAGUCGUCGCCCGUGAUCAUGAGGCUCCGCAGUUGAUCGUGGAAGAUGUGGAGUCUGUAGCGUCUGCAGACAUGGACAGCGACAUCAAAAACCCUUUCGACGACGGAAGGAUCAAGAAGAAGGCCAAGCGGCCUUCCAAGCUGAUUGCGGCCGGGGAUGUGAGCCCGGUCUUGCCAGCUGCCACCAGGACGCACCCCCAGUACCGCAAAAACAGCCGAAGGCCUAGGAAUGGCCACGGACGCGGACAGCCGAAGAAAGGUGGUGCUGGUGGAAAGGGAACUUGGGGCAAACCUGGGAGCGAAAUUUCGCUCGAGGAUGACGAUAUCUCGGCAUCAGACGUCCGCGAUCCAAACUACGACUCGGACAACCAGGAAAACUGCGAAUUUGAGUCCAUUACGCCCGAGCUUACAGAAGAUGAGUUUGAGACGACAGUCUACCCCUUGUUGCUGGAGUACUUUGAGCAUGGAGACACCAACGAAGUUGUUUUGUCUUUGGAGGAAUUCAACCUGCGCCAAAUUCGGCCCAACCUUGUGUGCCUGGCCAUAUCUCUGGCCAUGGAGCGUAAACCGUCGCACAGGGAGAUGACAUCUGUGCUGCUGUCAGACAUGUACGGUCGUACUUUGUCCGAGCCAGACUUUGAGAAGGGCUUUCAGUUAUUGCUCAAGAGCUUGCCGGACCUAGUGCUUGACACACCAGACGCCACAACGGUGCUGGGCAACUUUUUGGCACGUGCUGUGGCAGAUGACUGUGUGCCACCGAAAUAUGUGCAACUCAACCUUGAAGAAACUGAUUGUCCACUGUCAAAGCAGACCCUGCAACAUGCCAGCACAUUGUUGAGCAUGAAACAUGGACUGGUUCGUUUGGAUAAUGUGUGGGGCAUGGGAGGAGGCAUGCGUCCUGUCAAAUACCUUGUAAAGAAGAUUCAAAUGUUGCUCAAGGAAUAUUUGUGCUCUGGGGAUGUUAAUGAAGCCAUUCGUUGCUUGCAAGAUUUGGAAGUUCCACACUUCCACCAUGAGUUGGUCUACGAGGCUGUCGUUAUGGCAAUCGAAGACAUGGGUGAUAUGGCCAUGGAACUAAUGUGUAAACUGCUCAGGGCUCUUGAUGAGAGUGUGAUUGUUACUCCUGAACAGAUGAAGCGAGGCUUCGACAGGGUUUUCCAGGAUAUGCCAGACAUUUGUAUUGAUGUGCCUCCUGCUUAUACAGUCUUAGAGAAGUUUAUAGGCAAGUGUUCGGCCACAGGCUUCUUGUCUCCAGAUAUUGCCAAGGCAAUGCCUACAAGGGGGCGCAAACGGUUUGUUUCAGAGGGAGAUGGAGGUCGCCUCAAAGAGGAUGCCUACUGAGGAGGACCCAUGGUCCCACUUGCAGUGUACAAUCCCCCUCUGGAGAUGCCCCCCCCUCCCUUUUUUUUUCUUUUUGCAUGUUGUUUUGCCUCCGGCUAGAGGUGUUUAGAAACCAUUUCAUGGCACCAUUCUUCAUACACUGCUGUGUUGGACAACACUCGUUACUGGAUGGGCUUCUGUGCCAUGUUGUACCCUCUCUGUACCUGCAGGCGUUUUCCAUUAAACGUCUACCAAGUCA